AUGAGUGAAAAGGCAAAGAUACCGACAGAGACAAUCUCUCGAUUGGUCAAACAUUAUCUAGUUGAUAAACAAUUGACGGUAGCACCAGAGGUAAUAGAAGGCAUUUGUAAAUACCUUGAAUUAUUCGUGGAGGAAGCAGCAUUAAGAUCAAUAGAAAAUCACGAAACGAAGGAUAAUAAUAAUAAUCAAGAGUUAGUACUUGAAUACGAUGAUCUGGAAAAGAUAAUCGGGUUACUUAUGUUAGAUAUGUAA